AUGCAUGAGAAGGACAUCAAGACCAGUCAAGCUCUCCCAAGCUUUGUGAAGCUAUGCGCCAUCGUGCUCGAAAAGGCAGGAGCAAGUGAAGGGAGAUACGCCACUCGCAGAUCGGCCGCUGCCAUUGACGACUGUGUGGAUGUUUCUGGAGUGGAGAUCUGGUUGGUCGAGAUGAGAUUCCUCGGCCACUUUGAGCGGGUAGUGUACCAGAUCCGGCGUUUUGAUGCUUUUCAGAGCAUAUGGCUGGCGGCAGAGCGUACAAAUAGCUGCGAGGUCGUAUUCUCCGGUGGGGCUGAAGAUCGAGAGGAGGAGGGAGAUUCUAUGGCAGGCUAUAACGAUCAGCAAGACAAUAUGAUGACAAAGAGAUCACUGCCAAGUGCUAAGGCCUAA